UAUUGUCGUCGAUGUUUUUCCAUAUUAUGUCAAAUUCUGGUCAAAAUAUUACGAAUGAUCAAUAAGGAAAAGCAAUUAUAGAAUUGUACGAGAAUUCACAUGCUUCUAAAAUUUAUCACAUAAUUACGUAUGUGUAGUGCAAGUGCAAGUUAAUUUUACGUGUCAUUUAACUGUUGUAACGGAGAUUCCGUUACCUUUACUCCGUCGUCCCAAAUUUUAUUAUGCCUCAUGAUUUGAAGGAACUGGGUGGAAGGAAAGCAAUUAUGGCUCCUUUAUCCCCAACCCCAUGUGCGGAGAUCAGUGAUGAUGAACUGGUCUCGAUCUCCGUGCGAGACCUCAACCGACAGCUCAAGAUGAGGGGACUCACUCGAGAUCAGAUUGUCAGAAUGAAACAACGACGUCGCACUCUCAAAAAUCGUGGAUACGCUGCCUCGUGCCGCAUCAAACGAAUAGAACAGAAAGAUGAAUUGGAAAAUGAGAAAAGUCAGGAAUGGCAUGACAUGGAAAUGAUGCAAGAUGAAAAUAACAGGAUUCGAGACGAAAUAGAAGCUUUACGCAGCAAAUACGACGCUCUCAAGAGAUUUGCUGUUAUGAAAAACAUACCCUUGCCACCAGAACUAGAUAUAAUGCCUUAAAUAUAAUCUAUUUUGUGAUGUUUAUGGUUUAAUGGAGUUGUAUUUAACAUUCAUUCCUUUCAAGUUGUUGAAAAUUAAUUUAAUUUUAUCAGCCUAUAUUAAAGUAAAAAGAGUCCACUUCUGAAUAUACUGGUAAGUAGCUAGCAGUUGUGGCUGUACGGUCUUGAAUUCCUUUGCUCAUUCCUAUAGAAAAAAAGAAAAUGGCGCGCAAAUUGCUGAAAUUUUUUUUGGUCAAUCGCUACAUAAUCUUUUUUUAACUUUUUUAUUUAUAUUACUAGUUUAGAUAAUUGGUUAUGUGGUAUUAUUUAUAUGCUAAAUGGGUGUAAAUGUAACUUUUAGACGUUUUUAAAUCUGUUUUCAUUAUGUGCAAAUAUUUAGUGAAUAUGUUAGUAAAUGAGAAUCAAUCACAAUUUAUAAAAACAGAGCGAUUGCCUCAAAUCAAUUAUUUAUGGUAAGAUUCAAAUUAGUCUUGAACAAAAUUAUUUAUUUCUUGUAUCACAGAUUUCAUUUUUGAAUAUAGACAAUUUAUUUUAAUAGUUCUGAAAAUUUUACAUUUUGUAUACCUGCAACACCUAAUUAUGUAUUUUUUCAAAUAGAUGUUUUAUUUGUACAUUUUAAUUUGUGAUUACCAUAAGUUUACCGCUCAGUAUUUUCGAACGAGGCUUCGAAAAACCAAAAUAGAUUUUUUCAAGUCGGAAAAAUAUUGCCAGAAACAUUACUAUCAUACUUACCUAUACAUUUUUGUAAUUUUUUUUAAAAGAUAGUACAAUGUACGAGUGAUAUAAAUAUAUUUUAAAUAAAUAAUUAUAU